AUGACGAUUUUGACGAGUAUCUCAACGACUGGAUUUACGCUGUUUAGCUUGAAAGGAAUUUUCAAUGCGUUCGAAGUGGUUUUGGCGUCAGCCAUUUUCUACUGCAUCUGCUCAGUAGUAUACAACAUCUUCUUCCAUCCUCUUAGACAUAUACCUGGUCCCCUCUUCGCACGCGCCACCGGUCUAUGUUUCGCGCUACACAUACGCGAUGGUAGUGUGGUCAAAUGGAUCAAAGAAUGCCACGAAAAAUACGGUGAUGCAGUGCGUCUAGAACCGAAUGAAGUCAGUUUCAUCUCGGGAGAGACUGCGUGGCAGGACAUCUACGGCCACAAAUCAGACAGAAGCAGAAACUUCGUGAAGGACCUGAAGUGGUUCUUAUCGCACGCUUUCAGCGACAAGGCUCUACGAGGACAGGAAAGUCUCAUACAGUCUUAUGUUGAUCUUCUGGUACAACGCCUGGGCGAACACGCUGCUGAAGACACGGACAUCGAUAUCAGAACAUGGUACAACUUCACGACCUUUGACAUCAUAUCCGACCUCACAUUCGGCGAACCCCUCUACUGCCUCCGCGACUCCAAAGAACACCUCUGGAUCUCCAUCACCCUCCGCAGCCUUCAAGCCAUCGCCCUCCACGUCUCGCGAGGCAAGCACUUCACAUUCCGCUAUCUCGAUUUCGUGCGAAGCCUCUUCACUGACAACACCGGCCCCAUGCGCGCCCGCUACGAAUUCGCGAAACGGGCCCACGACAUGGUCAGCAAGCGACUCGAGAAGAUCCAAAGCGGCGAGGACACACGCCCCGAUUUCUUCACACACAUAAUCAAGAACCAAGAGAAAGAAAGCACCCGACUCACCCGCGCGGAAAUGGAUAGUAAUGCUGUGUCCUUCCUCAUCGCAGGCAGCGAAACGAGUGCGACGGCUCUGGCGGGUGCGACGUACCUCCUCCUCCGCAACCCACAGCCGUACAGGAAACUCGUCACGGAAAUCCGGUCGCGCUUCUCCUCUGCUGAUCAGAUCACCGUUGACGAAGUCAACAAGUUAGACUACCUCAUCGCUGUAUUCCAGGAAGCGUUGAGGUACUAUCCGCCUGCUGCUACAGGGCUUGCUCGUGUGGUACCGGCGGGCGGUGAUCGGGUGUCGGGCUACUAUGUCCCUGGCGGGGCGUCGGUAUAUGUUUCCAUGCACGCCAUGGGUCAUUCUGAGCGUAACUGGAGGGAUCCGGAUGCUUUUGUGCCGGAGAGGUGGUUGGGGGAUGAGCGGUACACGGAUGAUAAGAGGGCGAGCCAUCAGCCGUUUAGCUUUGGGCCGAGGAAUUGUAUUGGGAAGACUCUUGCACAUGCGGAAACGCGCCUCAUUCUCACCAAGGUGCUCUUCGCUUAUGAUCUGGAGCUUGUGGAUAAAGAGAGGGAUUGGAUGGACCAGAAGGUUUUUGCGCUUUGGGAUAAAGGGCCUAUGAUGGUCAAGGUGAAGCCUGCACAGCAGCCGUGA